ACCUAGUUGUUGCUUCGUUGCAUCGUAAAUAACACAUUUCGAGAUCCAUGGCCUUGAUCGUGUUCGAACUGCCGCCGUUUUUAGUCACAACGACAAAAGAACAUCGUCGGGAUCGAUCUGAUUAUGCCUUUGGCUAGUAGAAGGUCGUCGAGAAAAUCUCCACCACUUGAAAAUACUUGAGAACACCAGGACAGAGACAGUAGUUUUUAACACUUCAUCUACCUUUUGAAUCUUCUAUCUUGAACAAGUGUCCACCUCACCAAUUCAUCAACGUGGUCAAUGUUUAACUAACAGACUCAGGCUGCCUGGCUUAAGACAGCCAAAAUAAAACAAGAAAAUGGUGGUCGACGUGCUUCGUCAUGCAGAGGAUCAAUCAGUGUGGUCGCCUUUCAGCACAUCUUUACCUACAUGGACGAGGCGCGGCAGGAGCACACCAGCAGUAGAUGUGGGCCGCGAUGAUGCUGUCGUGCCUGGAGGUUUGUCGACAAGGAGAUCGACGAGGACGAGAAGAGCGUUGUCCAGUAGAGGGAGAGCACAUCCUCGUGCUCGUUCGACAUCCUUCAUACCAGAUUUUAUCGUGAAGCUGCUCACAGGAUCACCGGUGGAAACAGCGAAACAAAGUUAAGAAUCCACUUCUUGUCUAGGCCUAGGCGAGACAUCUACAUUCAAUAUUGUGGCAACUACGCAUCGGAUAACAAGAAGCAUCGGAUAGGCCGAAAACAAUGUUUCUAGGCCGAAAAUGUCUAGACGGAUAACAAGUGCUGUAGAUGUCUAGAUGUCCUAUAGAUGUCUAGAUGCAUAGAUCAUGUCCUAUAAAAGUUAAGAGUCCUCCAGCACUUCUUGUCUAGGCGUUCAAUGUGCUAUAAAAGUUAUAAGAAUCCACUUCUUGCAACGCAUCGGAUAGGCCGAAAAAGCGGCGCCAAUGUUGAUCCGUAUUUCUACUAGUUGUACGAACGAUUGAAUGUGGAGAUGAUGAUAGAUGAAUACUCUGAUGCCACGGCUGGUUCUUAUUUCUUCGGUCAAAGUCGAGCCGUCCUAUGUAUAUGUAUAUAUGAAUAUAUUAUAAAGGCUGCUCGAUGAUCUGAAUCUUAUGUAAAAAUUAACCUCCUCCCAUAAUAGGCUUCGGGUUCCCCAUUAUUUUCUAUUAGAGGUGUGCUGCAAAUCUUGACUGGCUUUCACCUUUUGGGGAAGGUUUAGGUCCAGCGACGCUCAAAGCACUAAGUAAAGCAGCCGGCUAGUUUUCACCUCCACAAUAUUAGGCUCACCUCGUGCAACAAUUAACAUAUUUAUUUUAAAGGCCUUUUUUAUUCAUCCAUUUUUUUCGAAUUUUUUUUAACAUUUAGCUUCAUCCUCCAACAGCAACACGACGACAACCUUCUCGCUUAAGUGAUGCCCAGACUCGCUUAACUACUAGUGACUUGUUCCCUGCCUUAAGCGAAGACUCUUCCACCUGCUCUAAGUAUCUUUGAACAGAAUAAUGAGCGAGUCCUUCGAGAAAUAUGGCGCUGAUGGUUUUAGCUUACCCGACCCGGCAGGGGAUGAAUCUGAGACCAUCGUACCCGAGCCCUACUCUUUCAAGACGUGUCAUAGUUAAGACGGAGGAUAAUUCCACAUGAUCCUGGUGUACAACUUACAACUUACUUGCAGCCCUACUCUUUCAAGACAUGAUGUCAAUCAUAGUUAAGAUUUUUGAAUUGUUGUUGAUGUACUUCAAAAGGAUGAGUCGUCCAGUAUUAUAUAUAUUAAGUGAACCAAUGAACUCCAACUCGAACUACACAACGAACCACAUUCUUGCCGGUCAUAGUAUAAUUGGUGUUCAUACCUCUCUUUACGAACAAAAAAGAGAGAGACCACCAGCACCAUUGAUCAUCUUCUAAUCGGAAAUGGAUUUUAAGAAUUGCGAUUACGAUUAUGAGCUUUGGGGUACGAAGUAUCGCUGUGAACGGCCCAAGAAAACCCGAUGUCGUCCAUUGCCACCUUCGUGCUACGAGGAGGUGAAGGAAAGUUAUGUCUUCCAAUAUUACCCGACGAUUGGGUACAACUAAGUACUAACUAGUAUAUUAACUUUAACAUCUUCCAUCUUCUUGUUGUUCAACAUCCUCCUCCUCGUCUCGAGUCUAAUCAAAAACUCUAGUAUCGCCAUUGGACAAGCCAUCGAUGGAUGACUUUUUAACCGAGGCAGGGCUAGAAAAAGACAAAAACUUGUGGGGAAAGUUGUGGAACAUCCGCGACCCGCGAAUGGGAUUUCACAAGAACGCUCUCUUUAUGAAGAUAGAGAUCACGUUCUUUAUCUGCAAACUUGUUUUUGCAUAUACUAGUAUCAAUCCAUGUAGUUUUCAUACAGAUACAACACGAACACAGUCGUGUCUGCUCGUCGGCCUACUAGUAGAACUACGUCGUGUAUGUUGAUCAUCGCGUUCUCAUACUAUUUUGAUCCCGUUUUCGUCAGAUAACACUCACUCUUCGUUGUAAUCAUAUAUCUACUUCUACUUCAUCGAUGAAGCCUUCGGAACCAUCGACCUCCCUGGAAGUGUCUUGUGUCUUCUCCUUUUCGUAAUCAUAUCUACUCCCUAGAAGUCCCCAUCUCCUCCUUCAUCCUCUUCGUGAUCCACCAUAGCUAUGGACGCGAGCCACCGGGACGAAAGGGGAAAUUUGGGAAGAAUACCGUAAAACUUCUGUUCGAAGGAACAAGACAGCUGUGGCAGAAAUAUUAUGCCUCUGUUUUGGACUGCAUCAGGAUCUAUCAGAGAUAAUCACUGACCCCAUGAUAGACAAGUACUUACUUCUACAAAUAGGCAAGAAAGCGUCAUGGUCAUUCGCUCAGUAUCUGCGUAGUAUCUUAGGGGUACGAGAAGAUCAUGAUCAUAUCUUACCACCUCCAGCACCCAAGUAGAUACACAGACCUCCAACUACACCCCAUCAAGCUACAAAUUGGGCGCUGCGCGACCUCCGAAAUAGGAGGAUUGCUGUAGAAAUUCAGAGUUUCCGGUUAUAUUCGCGAAUAUAACCGGAAACGGACGGACGUGUUCUACUACUACUACUACUACUACUACUACUACUACUACUAAGAAUACAGGUUCGUUCUCACAAAGGUGGUGAAAUUUCCAGAUGGGUUUCUCACUCUUAGAUGUUCUUCUAAGGAACAAGGAUGCAUUAUCAUUCUAAGAACACGUCCGUCCGUUUCCGGUUAUAUUCGCGAGAUUUAAUUGUAAUGAUGCAAAAGACCACGUGCUAGGAAAGGAGCUGUGUGAAGCCGGCCACAAUAGCUCUCUCAGUCGCAUACCCAGAGGAUACGAUACCAUUUUACGGUCGUUGAGCAUUUUUUUUUAGAGGACUCAGAAAUAUGUCAAAGAAUAUCAAUAAGGAGAAAUUCUUGAACUAAAAGUUUACACUUCCACUUCUUCUUUGCGAGUCGUCGUGUAGGGCCUAUUUAUACACAAUACUACCUGUCUUCUCCUAUUUUUUUUCUAAUUUUAGCAGUGACUCGGCUAAACGUGGAGCAAUUUGAACCUCAUUGGCGCAGACACAAGAUACCACGAAAAGUACGGUCGGCAAGACUCCUCGUCGACCUGUUAUACACUAUGCAGAACAAUGGCGUCGGGCCCGCGAUGGACCGCCUUUACGCCGCACUCGGCGACGAUGCUGAUGCUGAACCGAGUCGUGAAGAUGGCAUGCUGCGUUGGUCAUUCCAAAAUGUUAUGAUGAAAUCUCCGAGGUCGUAAAGGUUCACGAGUGAGGUAAUCAGUGGACCUCAUCUCAGCCGUGCUUAACCGUAGUAGCUCACGUUGCCUAGUGAAGCUAUCCUUAAUUUUCGCCACGCCGUCGCACCUAGCGCCCAGGCAGAAGCGAGAGGCCCAGGAUGUUGCUAACACCUCCGAGCACUUCUGCACUGUAGCUCUUGUGUAAGGAUCUUCACAGCGAAUAAAUUAUAACUCAUGUAGGUUUCUCAUCUGUUUUCUGUUCGCUUCGCCUCUCCUCUAUCUCUCAGUUCUCUCUGGCACUUAUCUCACACUUAGUUAACACGUUACAGUUCUCUCUGGCACUUAUCUCACACUUAAUUAACACGUUACUCCGACUCUAAUUCAGACGACCACGGAUCCCCAUCUGGACAAUCAAACGGGGCCACUGGUCGAAGUAGCAUGCAGCUGGGGAGUAGAGCGGGAGGGUCAUCUCAAGGAGGAGCUCGCACUGACAUAAGAAUGGAGCCUACAUCGUUGUACUAGUAGUCACGACGAGUGGUCUUCACAAAAACUUACGAGCAAAGUUCAACUUCAAGUUCUUCUUUUUAUUGAAAGGAGAUAAAUCUAGUGACGAGGACAUAAAAAGUACUUGAUGCUGGUCGUGCUGCAAUGUUUACUAGAUGCAAAGAAAAUAGAUCAUGCACAGUCAACCACGACAGGAGGAAGUCACGCUGCUCUUCAGUGAAUUCUUAGUACUGACGUCGUCUGCUCCUUCUGAAAGUGAAAAGAAUUAUGAAUCCUUCUUCUUGUAGAACACAGCUAAGCUGCUACUUCUCUCACUCGACGAUUCAAAGACUUCUAGACUUGUUUCGUUGUUGUAAAAAAGGAGGAGUGCUGUUGUGCUGAAGGAUGAGACGAGCAUGAUGUUGAGCAGCCACAAGGGAAGCGUAACAGAAUGAACCAGUCGAGAGAAAGUAAAGUAGAGCGAUAACCGUGAGCCCACAAAAUGGCAGCACGCCACUUGUUCAGAACUGCUAGUACGAAAAGCCUCAAACUGGGUAGAAAAAUUAUAGACAAACACAAACGAUUGUU